GGGCUCACCUGUGGAAAGACUUUAACUGUACGGGUUAUUGCAACAUUGAACAACUGUGAGAGCAAUGUAAAUUCUAUGGCUGUAUUUCAAACAGGACCUUGUGCACCUUCAAAUUUAAGUUUUUAUCGGGACUGCUACAGCAAUGCAGUCAUUUUUUUCUUGGAAUGCAUCUCUAUAUGCAGCCUACUACUCGGCCAUUGCUGUGGCUUCAAAUGGCACGGUAGUUGAGUGCCGGACAGUGGAUACCUCCUGUUUCUUUACAAAUUUCACAUGUGGAAUGGGAUAUGUGCUGACAGUCUCUGCAUACAACAACUACUGUAACAGCAACCGAAGUGCAUCAAUCCGAGUGCAAACAGCACCAUGUGAGCCUCACAACGUUAAAAUCAGAGCAGACUGCCAGAUGGACAUGUUGGUGGCCGAGUGGGAUUAUGCGGCUGGAGCUUUGUCUUACACCAUAGAAGCUACUAGCAGCAAUGGACAGCAGUACAACUGCAGCUCUUUCAUGAACAGUUGUGUCAUACCUGAGGUCAACUGUGGGGAAAGCCUGAAUGCCUGGAUUAUCGCCUCAGAUGAUGAAUGCAAUAAUUCCAAAGCUCUCAGUGAAGUGGUGGAAACUGUGCCAUGUACUCCCAGCGUUAUCAAGGCAGAUGCAGGCUGUACAGCUGACAGUGUUGCAGUGUUUUGGGCUGAUACCAAUGGAGCAGUUACCUACAUAAGUACAGCUGAAGGAUCUGAUGGUGAACAGUCUUUUUGCACCUCUAGUCAGAACAACUGCCACUUGACUGAUCUGCCUUGUGGCCAGUCUUAUAGCAUCUAUGUCAUCGCAUCCGACUCCAAAUGCAACAGCUCUAGAAGCAACACUGUCUUGGCUUAUACAGCCCCAUGUCAACCAACAUAUCCAAAUGUAUUUGUGGACUGCAUAACUAACCAAGUAUUAGUGAUGUGGGAGCAAAGCCAAGGAUCCAGCUCUUACAAGGCAAUACUGCAAGGGAGCAACGGCCAGAACCUGACCUGCAACGCGACCCUGGAUAACUGUCAGAUACAAAACCUGCCCUGUGGCCAGAAAUACAAUGUCAGUGUAAUGGGCCAGGAUGGAAUUUGUACAAGUCCACCAUCAGAUAGUGUACUGAUAUCCUCAGUUCCAUGUGGUCCAGCACACAUUGAAGCAGAUAUUGACUGCUUGACAGGCAUUGUAACAGUGCUAUGGGAUGCCAGUGAGGGAGCUCAAAUGUACAGUGCUAUAGCAGAAUCGGUAAAUGGAACCCAGAACAUCUGUAAUAGCACCGAUACAAACUGUAUCAUGGCUGGGCUUGAGUGUGGACAACCUUACAUGAUCUCAGUCCGAUCGUCAUCAGGGAAUUGUCAAAGCAUGCCAAGUAAAGAAGUGCUCAUUCAGCAAGUGCCAUGCAUCCCUCAGAAAGUCAAGAGUCAGCCCACGUGUCCUGAGAGCUCCCUCAAAUUGAGCUGGGCCUCGAGCGUUGGAGCUUCUUCCUAUACAGCUGAAGCAUGGGAAGAGGAUCAUUUGGUCAUCUGCAGUUCCACUGAACCAUCUUGUGAAUUUCAGGACUUGAAAUGCGGCUGGACGUAUCAUAUAAAUGUUACCGCCAGCGGUGGGAACUGCACAAGUGCACCAAGUUUAGUCCAUAGCAUCCAAACAGCCCCAUGUCCUCCCAAGAAAGUAACAAGCCAGAUUGAUUAUACAACGAACAUUGUGACUCUGGAGUGGGAGCCCGGCCGACAUGCAAAUACCUACACUGCCACCGCCAUAGGAAAUUAUGGGCAUGUGACAUCUUGUCAAUCCACAAACUCAAGUUGCCAAUUUAAAGAUCUGAGGUGUGGUGAAAAAUACAAUUUCAGCAUGACAGCCACUGACGGAAACUGUGACAGCAUUCAGGUGAUGGUCCCAGAACAAGAAACAGCUCCAUGUAUUCCACAAAACAUGGUAAUCAUCUUGGACUGCGACACCAACAUCGCGUUGGCUACUUGGGAUAGAAGUAAAGGGGCACUGGGCUACACCGCAGUGGUACAGGAUGUCAAUGGGAAAAUGUACGCGUGGAACACGACGGACACCAGCUGCUCAAUGGCACACUUACAGUGUGGACUCCAGCACAGCAUCACCGUGAAAGCACUAAGUGCCAAAAGCAACAGUGCCAACAGCAAUGUCACGAUUUUUCAGACCGUACCAUGUGUCCCACUGAAUGUACCAGGUAACUUGGAGUGCAGCACUAACGUGUGGAAUGUGUUAUGGGCACAGUCAGCAGGGGCUAUCUUCUACUCUCUACGACUGUCUGGGCCAAACAAUGACACAAGGACAUUUUCUUCUGAGAAUACAUCUUUUUCCAUCGGUGAUUUGCUGUGUGCAGAAGAUUACUCUGUUACUGUCUCAGCAAUAGGCAGAAAAUGCAACAGUUCUGACAGCUACCCCACUUUCAUCAAAACAGUUCCCUGUACACCUUUGAAUAUUGAAACUCAUUUGGACUGCAGCACAAACAUCGCCUCAGUCACCUGGGACCACAGCAAAGGAGCCAUGUCUUACAGAGCCAUCGCUGAGAGCAGCACAGGGCACACCGCUUCAUGUAACACCUCUGACAAUAACUGUGAUAUCUCUUUCCUGCAGUGUGGUCAGAAAUAUAACAUUUCUGUUGUGGCAGAAGACAACAAGUGCAGUGGCUUCAGAAGCAGCUUCACUGAAAUAGAAACAGCUCCAUGUCCACCUGAAAAUGUUGCUGCAGUGAUGGACUGUAACAAUAAGACCGCAACAGUGUCAUGGAGUGCCAGUGGAAGGGCAGUGUCUUACAAUGUCUCUGCAGAAGAGAACGGUGAACAGAUCAGCAGCUGCAGCACCCAGGACACCAGCUGCAAUCUCAGUGAUCUCCAGUGUGGCAGGAAUUAUGAUGUCACGGUGACACCAAUAGCAAGAGGAUGUACAGGGUUUAAGAGCAGCGCAUUUAAAUUAUUUACAGGACCAUGCCCUCCAAUGAAUGUUGAAGCCAAAUUUGACUGUUUGACUAAGUAUGGAUUAGUGUCAUGGGACCUUGAACCUGGGGCGCAAGUCUAUGAGGCGACAGCAACAGAAGAUGAUGGCCACACACACACGUGCACAACAAACAGCACAGAGUGCGCCUUCAUGGACCUACACUGUGGCAGCAUCUACACAGUGACUGUUGUAGCGAUUAAUGGCAAGUGCAGCAGUGCGAACAGUCUGGGGUCUCAAAUAAAAACAGCACCAUGUACACCGGAGAUUAAGGAUGUUCAACUGUACUGUGAAGGAAACCUGAUUUCAGUGUUGUGGGACCAAACUAAAGGAGCUCGGUCCUAUGUCUUAUCAGUUGAUAGUCCAGAUGGGAAAACUGCCUCCCUGGUCACCAAUGAUACUUCUCAAGAUGUCACACACUUGCAGUGUGGAACGAUUUACAUGUUCUGGCUCACAGCCCAAGGCGAGAUGUGCAACACAAGCAUGAUGCACUUAGAAAAGAGAGAAACAGCACCAUGCCCUCCUCGCAAUGUCCAAGCUGAGAUGGACUGCGGCCUUAACACUGGCAAUGUCACAUGGGAGAAAAGCAACGGCGCACAGUCGUACAUCGCAUUUGCAGAAGGACAACAUGGGCACCUGACUUCUUGUAACAGUAUAGGCACCUCCUGUGACAUGAAACUGGACUGUGGACAACUGUACCAUAUAACUGUAUUAGCAGCCAAUAACAACUGCAACAGCUCAAAUGAGGCAUUUAUUUACAUUGCAUCAGCACCAUGCCUACCCCAAAAUGUUCAAGCUGAGCUGGAUUGCAGUUCAAACAAUUUAUCAAUUCAAUGGCAGCAGAGCGCAGGAGCUGAAUCCUAUACAGCAAUGGCAAUCGGGAGUAACGGGGUGACAGCUACUUGCAACACAACAGAUACGGCCUGCAACAUCAGCAGCCUGGAGUGUGGGGGUGACAUACAGCAUUGCGGGUGACAAGUUCAUCUCUCAAAUGCAACACCAUUAAGGGAUCUGAUUAUAAAAUCCAAUCAGCUCCUUGUAUGCCUGAAGGAAUCAGUACACAAUUGGAUUGUGCCACAAACAUCAUUGCAGUAUCAUGGAAUAGCAGCAAGGGGGCGAUGUCC